CUCUGCGCCAUGAGGCUCACGUUUGUGGAUCAAUACACCGAGAAACGAGGACAGUCCUAUAGGAGAGGCUCUGCUAGCUGAAGAGAUACAGAGAUAUCUUCAUAUUCAAGAUUUUUACAUACCAGCAGCAGCCGUUUACGACAAUGAACGGACAGUUGAAUGGUUUUCAUAACUCCCUCAUUGAUGAGGACUGCUUCUUGUUCACCUCAGAGUCGGUCGGGGAAGGACAUCCCGACAAGAUCUGUGAUCAGAUCAGUGAUGCCGUUCUUGAUGCCCAUCUCAAGCAGGACCCUGAUGCCAAAGUUGCAUGUGAGACUGUUGCCAAAACUGGGAUGAUCCUGUUGGCCGGUGAGGUAACAUCGCGUGCCACAGUGGACUACCAGAAAGUGGUCCGUGACACAAUCCGCCAAAUUGGAUACGACGACUCCUCCAAAGGUUUUGACUACAAAACCUGCAAUGUUCUUGUGGCCUUGGAGCAGCAGUCUCCUGACAUCGCUCAGGGUGUUCACAUUGACCGCAAUGAGGAGGACAUCGGUGCAGGGGACCAGGGCUUGAUGUUUGGAUAUGCCACGGAUGAGACUGAGGAGAGUAUGCCUCUCACAAUUGUCCUUGCCCACAAACUGAAUGCUAAGAUGGCUGAGCUGCGUCGCAACGGCACCCUUCCAUGGCUCCGGCCAGACUCAAAGACGCAGGUUACCGUCCAGUACCGCCAGGACCGCGGCGCCAUGCUUCCAGUGCGUGUGCACACCAUUGUCGUCUCUGUUCAGCAUGAUGAGGAUAUUUGCCUAGAGGAGAUGAGAGACACCCUGAAGGAAAAGAUCGUCAAGGCUGUCGUUCCUUGCAUCUAUUUGGACGAUGACACAAUCUACCAUCUCCAGCCCAGUGGACGAUUUGUUAUCGGAGGCCCACAGGGGGAUGCCGGCCUGACGGGGCGUAAAAUCAUUGUUGACACUUAUGGAGGCUGGGGAGCCCACGGCGGUGGGGCCUUCUCUGGGAAGGAUUACACCAAGGUGGACCGCUCUGCUGCGUAUGCUGCACGCUGGGUGGCCAAGUCUCUGGUGAAGGCUGAGCUCUGCAGGAGAGUGUUGGUCCAGGUUUCGUAUGCCAUUGGAGUUGCCCAUCCCCUUUCCAUUUCUAUCUUCCACUACGGGACCUCCAAAAAGAGUGAGAGGGAGCUGCUUGAUAUUGUGAAGAGGAACUUUGAUCUUCGUCCUGGAGUUAUUGUCAGGUAAUGUAUAUCCCCUGAAGCCACCUGUUACUUAGUGGAGCAGCAGAUCCUUCCUGUGUGCUGUGCCUUGUUUGGUUUUUUAUUAGAAUUGCCCUGCCCGGGAUUUAGUUUAUUUUAUUUUGAAACUCAGCAGAGCCAUUAUAAUUCCUCAGUUAGUCAUUUGUAUUUUAUUUUUGGCAUUUAUUCCUACUGAAAUUAUAUGGCUCAAUGUUGAAGUUCACACCUGUGGGCAUUAGUGGCAAAACGUCUCAUUAAUCAGAUAUGCAUGGCAUAUUUUGUAACAAAGCCCUGUAGCUUUAUAGUUUGAUAAGCAUCCUUUUGUGUAAACUGUAGCGUGGUUUGCAGCUGCAACCGCCACACUGCUCAGGGGGGGGGAGUGUGGCCGUCCUGGUAAGUGUCGAAGCUUCACGCGUUUCCCUCUAUACCAGCUGGUCUAACAAACAUGAUUUUAUUUAUUUUUAAUGCAUUUUUGGUGGCUAUCGACACACUAAUUAUCUAUUGUGAGUCUGCUUGUGUGCAUUUGAAGUAAAUGGGUGUGACUGCUGCUAAAUGUGUUGAUUAUGUAUUCCAGGGAGCUGGAUCUGAAGAAGCCCUUGUAUCAGAGGACCGCAGCGUAUGGCCACUUUGGCCGAGACUCCUUCCCAUGGGAGGUGCCCAAAAAGCUGAAAUACUAAACAUGUUAAGCUUUUCCCCCCCCAGGCCUGUUGGUGUAUACUACAGAGAAGCCUCCUAGGUUCCAGGGGGGAAAUGCCUUUAUCUCUCUCAUAGUACUGGCAUCUUAAAGUCAUGAGUCCCUCCUCUCUCCAACUCCCUCCUUUUGUCUUCUUGCUGUUUUCUGCUGGUUGCAGUAUCAUACUGGGUCAUAGGAGGCAUGCCUCAGAAACUUGAUGUUAAAACAAUGUGAUGAGUUCCAUGAACUUGUGCACCAUCGUGCUCUAUGUUUUCCAUGUCCUGAGGUACCCCUGCUUUUUGUAGUAAAGGCUGAGUAGCUGUGCUCGGUUGUUCUCCUUUUGGCAUUCCACACUCAAAAAGCGUCCGUCUUGUAUUUAGUGUCACAGCGAUUUGCAUUUUAGGCUGUAUGUGACACCCAGCUUAAUUCACUGGUGCUACUAAUGUAAGGUGUCUGUGUGACCUCUACUGUUUCCAGGUCCAUUAAUAAGCAUCAUUUGAUAGUUGGAGGGCCUUCUCAUCUGGCACCUGCUCAAAAAAGUUUAGUGUCUCUAAACAUUCCUCCUUUUUGUGUAGUCCGGUACAUUAAACCCCGACCCAUUGUUCUCUUCCUUUUUUUGUUUUUAUUCCCCUGUCUUUGUGGAGGAUGCUAGAAUGGCACAAUUAAAAUUUGAAGGGUUGUUGCCGUUUUCACAAAAAAUGCUAUGCAUUGCAGGCGAAUAGGUGAGCCAAUCCUAAUUAUUCAAGCUCCCGAAUGAGCAUGAAGCCUCAGAUGCCCCUACAGACCGUUGCUGAUUUCUGACGUAAUACAGAAAAGUCGGAAGCUGCUAUGUCACUGCUCCGGUCUGCAGAGGUAUUUGUUAUACUUGAUAGUUAUAGCAAAGAUUGGAUUGUUUAUGCAUUGAAAUUGAGUCCUUUUUUAAAUGUAGUUUCACUUGAAUUUCUAUGGUUUGAAGUGACAAAAGGUCCUCUUGCUCCUUGAGUAUAUUGAUGGCAGGUGUAGCUACAGAGAAACCUGGUCCCAUCUUUGUUCUCAAGUGUGUUCUUUGCCACAGAGUCUUAUUGGCUUGAAGUCAAACCUUAACACUAUUUAUUUGUUCUCUGAGACUCGGCGUGGAUACAGAGAAGCCGAUGUUUCAGAAGGCAGCUUUAAACACACGGCUAUUGAAUCUUGAAUUCCUUUUGACUUGACCAUUUUUCAGUGUUUUUGCUUGAUGCUCCAGAGUGUUGUACAGAAAAGCUCUGGUCCGCCUCAAGAAGAAAGUGCCACUGGCUGUUGUCAAUGACUAUUUUUUUUAUUUUUGGACUGUAGAUUAUAUUUUUAAGUGAAUUGGUUUUGAAAUCCCAUUUUAAAAUCCGGUGCAAUCCUUUAGCUUUUACCUAUCCGCUAGGAAUGGCAACAUUUGGCUGGUGUAGUACAGAGAAACCAGCCUUGUUUACACGGCCGUCCCAUGUGCCGGAUAGGUUCAAGUUUUAGCUUUGUUCCCUUUUUUACCACUCAGAAGUCAUCCCGUUGGCUACAGUAAGUGUAAGAGUGCCUUUUCUAUUUCCUCUACUCCUCUACUUUGCUUUUUCUCUCCUCCUACCAACAUGCGCUCAACUUCCAGAGGAACAAGUAGCUCAUACUGUAUUGUGCUUCAUGUCUAGACUGGGUAGUUUCCUCAUGCUCUGUAAUAAACUACUCCUUUCAAACAUC